AUGAAGUCAGGAAACAGGAGGCAGAUACUUCCAUAACACACACACAGACGCACAUAUAUUCCUGCACACAGAGAGCUUCAAAUCUGCUGGAGAACUCAGAGAGGAUGAGGGUUUUGCUCACUGUCGCCGCUCUUGUGGUCGUGGCUGGUGCUGUCAGUGUCACUCUGGAGGAUCUGGAGUUCAACACCUGGAAACUGAAGUUUGGUAAGAGUUAUGGUUCAGAGGAAGAAGAGUCUCAGCGUAAGAUGAUCUGGCUGGACAAUCGUAAACUGGUCCUAGAGCACAACAUGCUGGCUGACCAGGGCAUCAAAAGCUACAGACUCGGCAUGAACCACUUUGCAGACAUGGACAACCAGGAGUACCAGGCCAUGUUCAAAGGCUGCCUGCAAUCCUUCAACAGGACCAAGAGCCGCGGUGCUACUACAUUUCUCCAACAGGGAGGGGGCGCUGCUCUGCCUAGAACUGUGGACUGGAGGGAAAUGGGCUAUGUGACUGAGGUUAAAAACCAAUAUAUUUGUAGCUCCUGCUGGGCGUUCAGUGCGACGGGGGCGCUAGAGGGUCAGAUGUUUCGGAAGAUGAGGAAUCUGGUAUCUCUCAGUGAGCAGCAGCUGGUCGACUGCUCUUGGUUUUCAGGAAACCAAGGCUGUGCAGGCGGUUGGACAGAACACGCCUUCAAGUAUGUCAUGCACAGCGGAGGGCUGCAGUCAGAGACCUCCUAUCCUUAUGAGGCCAAGGACGGGAUUUGCAGGUUCAAUCCAAUGAAUGCUAGUGCUACAUGCAGUGGCUACGAAGAGCUGCCCAGUGAAGAUGAAAACGUUCUGCAGGAAGCCGUCGCCGUAAUUGGGCCAAUUUCUGCAGCUGUCAACAUCAAUCGUAAAACCUUCCAACUCUAUAAGUCAGGUGUUUAUGAUGAUCCAUACUGUGGCAAACAACCAAAUCACGCUGUCCUGGUUGUUGGUUAUGGCACUGACAGUUACGGAGAAGACUACUGGGUUGUCAAGAAUAGCUGGGGUGCUCAAUGGGGUGAAAAAGGCUAUAUAAGGAUGUCCAGGAACAAGGAUAACCAGUGUGGUAUUGCUACAUUCACCAGCUAUCCUCUGGUUUAA